CCUGUUGAGAUCCAUCUUUGCUUGCAGCAGUGCUAGAGAGGCCGGACUGGGGGAUGCCCGGCUGGAAGGACAUACAUACCUGAAGGACAACCUCUCUGGGGAUCAUCCCACAUGGCACCUUCACUCAGCACAGCAAUGCCUUUGGGUGGUUUUGACUGCUCACGAGCUUUUUCUGUGGCUGCUCCUAUGUGAGAAGCUCCGUCUAGAACAUUGUAGUUCAUGUCCACAAUUUUUUAUAGGAACGACAUCACUGAGCGAUCACGCGAUAUGAAAAUGGAAGGGCAAGGCACCGGAAGACAGGAGGCACCAGAGGGGACCGCAAAAGCCCCUCAGAUCCUCCAGGCUGGCAGUAUUGGGGAAUUCCUUCAGAGAAGGGCUGGAGAUCCACUCUUCCAGCAAGCUGGGAAUGGUUCCCUCUCCCUUGACCAGUGGGAGGCCCAGUGGCAGGAAUUCCUCAGCACACUGGAGCCUCCUCACUCUCAAGGGAGAAUCCCACACUCGCCAGAGAAACCUUCACCCUGGCGUGAUGCCAAGGCCUUCCUGGCCUCCUUCGAGCAAGUGGCCGAAGCCUGUCAGUGGCUCAAAGAAGAAUGGGUGACCCGACUCCUGCCAGCCCUCAGUGGAGAAGCCGAGCAGGCCUUUAAUAGUCUGGAUGUCAAAGACAGAGAGGAUUAUGGGAAGGUGAAGGCAGCCAUUUUGCGGGGGGACGCCAUGAGCCGGGAGAAGCAGCGUGAAGAGUUCUGGCAUUUCUGCUACCAGGAGGCUGAGGGGCCAAGGGGGGCUUACAGGCGACUCCAGGAAACCUGCCGUGGGUGGCUGAGAGUGGAGAAUCACAGCAAGGAGCAGAUCCUGGAGCUCUUGAUCCUGGAGCAGCUGCUGACCGUCCUGCCUCCGGAGAUCCAGAGCCGCGUGAGGGAAAGCAGCCCAGAGAGCUGUUCCCAGGCAGUGGCCCUGGCCGAGGAGUUUCUCUUACGGCAGCAAGAGGCCAAGAAGCAAGAGAACCAGGUGCCCUUGGAAGUGGUGGCAGGGGGUGACUCUGAGGCAGGCCAUGUUCCAUCUGAGGGUGAGCGGAGGCAGCUCUUGGUGGACAUCGAGGAAGAGGAGAAGGCAGAGUCCAGCCUGCUGGAUGAUGUGUCUAAGAAUGAAAAGGAUGGGGGACUCCAGGCAUUAAUGCUAGAACAAAGCAAGAGUGAAAACUUGAAAGGAAGCUUCAGGAAUGGAGAUGGACCAAUAAUGUGGAACAGAAGCUACAUACUGGAGAGAAGGGAUAAACCAAUUCCUUGCCAAGGAGGGGACUUCCAGGAAAUCCCAGUGCAGCAGGGAAGGCCAUCCCAAAAGAGGAGAAACAAGGACCUCAGUGCUCACUUGAGAAUCCACACUGGGAAAAGCCAGAAUGAAAGCGUGAAGUUGGAAAAGAGUUUCCAUCAGAGCAUGAACCUGAUUUCACAUCAACAAACACACUCAGUAGAGAAACUGCAUAAUUUCUCAGGGUGCAGAGAGAACCUCAGUGAGAGAGACGCUCUUAGUUCACGUCAAACAACUGAUGAAAGAGAAGAGUCAAAUAAACUUCCAGUGUGUGAAAACACCUGCAGUUUUACCUCAUGCACAGAAGGGGAAGCAAAUCGGUGCUCAGAGGUUGGAAAGAGGUUCAGGGACCCCCUAAGCCUUGCAGUGCAUCAAAAAAUGUACCCAGGAGAGAGACGAUUUAAAUGCUCAGAGUGUGGAAAGAGCUUUAGGCAAGCAGCACACCUUCAGCAGCAUCAGGUAAUCCACACGGGGGAGAAACCAUAUCAGUGUUCAGAGUGUGGAAAGGCCUUCCGUCACCGCAUGACCCUCACUGUACAUCAAAGAACACAUAAAGGAGAGAGACCUUAUAAAUGCUUAGAGUGUGGGAAGAGCUUUAGGCAGGCAGGACACCUUCAGCUGCAUCAUAGGACCCACACAGGGGAGAAACCUUAUGAGUGCUCAGAGUGUGGAAAGAGAUUCAAUUGCCCUUCUCAUUUUCAACAGCAUAAGAGAAUCCACACGGGGGAGAAACCUUAUCAGUGCUCAGAGUGUGGAAAGGCCUUCCGUCACCGCAUAACCCUCACUGUACACGAAAGAACACAUAAAGGAGAGAGACCUUUUAAAUGUGCAGAGUGUGGAAAGGGCUUUAGGCAAGCAGCACACCUUCAACAGCAUCAGAGAAUCCACACGGGUGAGAAACCAUAUCAGUGCUCAGAGUGUGAAAAGACCUUCCGUCACCGCACAACCCUCACUGUGCAUCAAAGAACACACAAAGGAGAGAGACCUUUUAAAUGCUUAGAGUGUGGAAAGAGCUUUAGGCAGACAGCACACCUUCAACAGCAUCAGAAAAUCCACACAAGGAAAAAACCAUAUCAGUGUUCAGAGUGUGGAAAGACCUUCUGUCCAGAUGGAAUCCUCACUAUGCAUCAAAGAGCACAUAAAGGAGAGAGACCUUUUAAAUGCUCAGAGUGCGGAAAGAGAUCCAGUUGUCCAUCUUCCUUUCAAAAGCAUCAGGGAUUCUAUGCAGGGGAGAGAUUGUAUCAAUGUUCAGAGUGUGGAAAGAGUUAUAGUCAGCCAUCAAAUCUUCAACGGCAUCAAAGAACUCACAUGCCACAAACCACAUAAUGGUUCAGUUUUCUGCAAGAAAUUUUCUGCUAAAUGAAUCCUAUGGUUUGUUCCUCUAUUGUCCCGUAUCUUUGAUAUGCAAACAUGUGUAUUCUUACGUAUUUUUCAUCACUUCUGUAUUUUCAUAACUUCUUACAUAUUUUUCAUAACUUUUAGCUCAAGCAGCUAAAAAACAUUAUCAGAUGGAAUCUUGGCACAGCUGUGCAUGGUCACGAUCAUUUUCUGAGAGCCCUUCAAGCUAUGCAUAAAAUCAUCACAUGAUAAAGUUAUAAAGAUUUAUCUCGGUCAGUCACUGUCACUCUGUCGAUAUAAAGUGUCAAUCAGAGAACUGAUUAGAAUUCUAUUGAAAGGGACUCUUAAGCAGAGGAUUUUUAAGAUUUUGGGACUUCAAAGCCUUUCACAGCAUCAUGAGACAAUUAAAAUCUGAUUAAUUUAAACUUCAUGUGUUCGUUUAUGUUCAAGAAAUGUUAAUAGAUCUGAUUUUUCUUGCAUGGAUUAUUUCUGUAACAGUAGGAUUAUAAGCAUGAUUAUAUAUGUUUUGAUUACUUGUUUAAUAAGAGUUAAUUCUUG